AUGGACAUUUAUAAGUUUCGUGAAUGCAGUUUAGUGAUAAAAAUAUUAUUUUGCUUAAUAUUUCUACAAUUUUCUCGAUGUGAUGAACUAUGCGAUCGCCGACCACUCAAGACUAAAACCGAUCCUUUACCUCCGGACAAUCGAUUUCAAAUCGAUAUCAUCGGAAUCAGCGAUGAUCUGUACAUCCCUAACAAUAAAUACGUAGUGCGCCUGUUUUCAACUGAUUCAAUCUCCACCUUCAUCGCUUUUACAAUCUCAGCUCGCGGAGAAUCUCUUUUCAAAGACAUAAAUCCUAGAAAAGAGACCAUACUCAAUGCUGGCAGGAUCGAAGUUCCCGAACAUUCUAGAGACGCCAUGAAUGCUCCGAUAUGUACCAACUCUGUGAUUCAAACAGAUAUAACACCAAAAAUAUCCGUUGAGGUAAUUUGGAAAGCACCACCCAAAAAUAACAAAUGCGUCACAAUAUUCGCGGUGUUAGCAGUGAGGCCAGAUGUGUGGUACAACUUUGAUGGGCCACUGUCGAAGCGAGUGUGCGAGGACCGACGCAACAUGGAAGAUAUGCAGCCGACAGAGAACAAUAAUUGCAUCACGUGUGAGGAUGCGAGGUACCUGCUUACUUUUGAUGGAAUCUGGUCUUUCAACACCCAUCCGUACAUGUUCCCUUCUUCACGCGAAUUGGCUCGCUUUAGCGAUGUGGUGGGCGCCUCCCACAACAAUAAUUUCAAGUUAUAUAGAUUUAAUUCAGACGCCAGUGAAGGUCUCAAAAUGUUGGCUGAACAAGGAAAUACGACAAAAUUGGAGUUGGAAAUUUUGAAACAGCUCGGUAUUUCAGUGAGAACACUACUGAAAGCAUCCGGCCAACCAAAACCGAAUAUGAAGACGACCGCUAUGUUUCGAGUUACAAGAGAACAUCACCUCGUGUCGUUAGUGGCGGCAAUACUUCCGUCUCCAGACUGGUUUGUAGGCGUAUCCAAUAUGGAGCUUUGCGACGUCGCUUCAGGCACGUGGGCGCCUAAUUUAACCCUCAAUAUUUAUGCGUCAGAUGCUGGCACGGAUAGUGGGUUGACUUUUGAGGCAACAAAUGAAGAAACAAUGCCGCCUCAGCCGAUAGAAUCAGCAGAGAUAAACAAAACGAUAUCAAAGGAAAAUAUAAAGCCUUUUGCCAAAUUACGUUUCGAACUCCUUCGCACGUACACGACGGCCGCCUGCUCGACUGAAGCUACUGAAACUACGACUGAAGAAAAUAAAGAAGAAAUUAAUAGAGACGACAAUGACGUGAUCACAACAACCACUCCUUCCCACCAAUAUAGACCUCGACCUACAUCAGCGGUAAGCGAUGAAGAAUGUUCCCUCUCGGACUGGGAGGAGUGGCUGCCGUGCGAGAACGAGUGCGUCGACGGCGUCAUCGAGAACGGCACUCAGAUACGCUUCCGGUACCACAUGAACAACGGCGUCAUUACGAAAGAUAGAGAAGAAAUCUCCGAUUAUUGCUGGGAAAAUUAUUCCACAUUUGAAAUGAGGCCUUGUACAGCUGAGUGU